AUGGCUCGUACAAAGCAGACUGCCUGCAAAUCAGCCCGUGGGAAAGCACCCAGGAAGCAACUGGCUACAAAAGCCUCUCGUAAAAGUGCGCCCUCUACUGGAGGGGUGAAGAAACCUCAUUGUUACAGGCCUGGUACUGUGGCACUUCGUGAAAUUAAACGUUAUCAGAAGUCCACCGAACUUCUGAUUCAUAAACUCCCCCUCCAGCAUCUAGCUCAGGACUUUAAAACAGAUCUGCGCUUCCAGAGUGCAGCUAUUGGUGCUUUGCAGGAAGCAAGUGAGGCCUAUCUGGUUGGCCUUUUUAAGACACCAACCUGUGUGCUAUCCAUGCCAAACAUGUAA